GCCGAGUGCAGUACAGUUUCAAAGAUGGCAGCUCCCAUCAGUGUGAAAAAUUCUUCUCCAGUCACCAUGUAUAUUUUGCAAAUUUGUCUUGUAAUUGCGGCCUUUAUUUCACUAAGCUACGGAAAUCGUAAAGUUCUUGACACCAGACUACCCAUCCACCAUGAUCCAGAAGCCUUCACUACCUACGUACUCGUGGUUGAACAUUCUUUUGAUCAAGGAAUGACGCCUAAAUUCAGUAGCAGAGGAACCCUAAGCUUCCGAUCUAAUAAGGAUGGUCAGGGGAUGUUUGUACAGACAGCUGCGCUGACUGCAGGAGAGAAAAGGAAACUUAAGGAUUUAGCCAAACAUGAUGGCAUAUAUAGGAUACGAGUGCCUACCAGUCUGGAAGCCAGUCCUGAUGAUAGCUCACUCCAGUUUGUUUCUACUUUUACCAGAGCGUGUGCACUUUUAGAGUCCCGUCUCACGGACAACAUUACGGUUAGCGUCGACCAAUCAGGAAACGUUCUGGGCGUGUCUCUUGUACCGAUGGAUGGGUCAUGUGACCGCGACCCCACCGUUGAAUCGUCAUCAUUACUAGAUUACUUCAACACGAGUGUUGCACUUCAGGUUACUACAGCGGGACCAACACCUGAUACACAGGCAUUUGUGAGGAAAAUGGAAGACGAACGAGAGAUGAAGGAGAAAGGAAAAGGACCAGAUAACAGAUCUUUCUUAGCAAAAUAUUGGAUGUACAUCGUUCCUGUGGUUCUGUUUGUCUUGGUAUCGAGCGGAGGUGACCAAGCCAGAAGCUGAGGCAAGAGUAGUCUAAGACUUAACCCCCUGACUGCCAAGCCACAUAGUAUCAUACACUCUCUGUAGAACUCACUUACAGGGAUAUUGUGGCUGGCAUUCAACGAGUUAACAUCAGGGACCCUGUUUCACAAAGCCUUUUUUCAAUGACAAAUGACAAAAAUUAGUGACAAAUCUGCUGAUAACCAAUCAGAAGCG